AUGCCAUUCCGAAUAUCUGCAGCAACUCGGAGAGUCCUCGCGUUCCGAGCCCCUGGGACAGUCCUCACGUCUUCACCCCCGACACCUCCCACAGGCGCCCACGUCCAGGCAGUACCCCGUCUCAUCCCCGAAGUGGAGGAGGGGAACGUGGAGUAUAAACUCCAGCUCCUUGCACCCUCACCCUCCCGUUUUGCUCGUCUCGUCACCCAGCUUAAAUGGCGCCUCCUCGAAGGUGGAGGUCAGGCUUACUAUGAGAUCGGCGUAGCAGAUUCAGGUGCACUGGUGGGUCUUCCCCGCCAAGAACUGGAGGAGUCCCUCGAGACCCUCGAAACUAUGGCUGGCGAGAUUGGUGCUUCGGUCAUCGUCGUCAAGGAGAUUGAAGUUCCACCUGCGCUGUCUGGAAUGGCACAGAGCCAGCUGGAACACUGGGAAGGGCGAAGGAAGAAAAGGAAAAACUUCCUAAGGGCGGUGCAUAACGUUGAUUCGUCCUCUGCAACAUCCACCACAGAACCCGAGACGGAGGUGUCUACCGCGGACCUGACAGACGCAGAGGACACUCUUGGUAUACCAAAUGCGUUUCCCACUUUCACUCGUAUUCACUGUACCGCCGUACAUACGUCUCACCCCUCCCUGCAACUCGAGUCUCCCGGCAUCGUCUUUACCAUGGACACUGACACCGAGGCCGCCACUGGUUUUGACGCUGAUGGUACACCUAACGCCAUGCCAAAAGACACCACGAUAUUUUCCAUGGACCUCGAGAUCUCAUCCGUAUAUAAGCCGCGACCACUGAGGAAACGCACAAAACAUGUUGCCUCCGCGCCAUUAAAUCACCUCGACAAAUGGGAAAGGCACACAAGCGGAAAGAAGACGAACCAGCGCAAGCAGCACCCGUCACAGCCUGAUCAUGUAAGCGCAUCAACAACAACGGAUGGCGAAGGAGGAGAAAGGACGGGCAUUAAGCAGUCACAGGUGACACCAACCAAAGGGCAGAACCGUAAACCAGCCCGAGACAGGCGACUUGGGCUGAAGAAUAACGUCCUACUGACACAUGCGCCCACAUCACAGCGCAAUGUGAUCCACCAGAGUGGUAGCUCAACUCUGGCUUCCCAGGUGGCCAGUGAUGCGAACUCACUCGUGUCUGAAUUUGAAGGUCCACACGUCAUGGUCCACCCCCUUACCUGCAAGCCUGCCUCCUCUGUGGAAACUCCUGCGCAUCUGGAUUUCUCGGAUGGUGACGGUCGAGCUGUGACGGCAGUUGGAAAGAUCGAUGAUGUCUGGGUCGCCGACAACGAGCCGAGGCUUAUCGUCGAAGCGUUAGUAGUACGAAAGAUGUCUCUCGAGGAUUCAUUUCUAGACUUUGGUGGCUUCUCGUUCUCUUGAGCAGGCUUCGCGCAGGCGGUUUUGAGAAACCAGGAUACCCUAGCAGUGACAUUUCCAAGUCGAGCUUUGACUUAUGUCCUCCGUAACGUUUUC